AGCGGGCCAAGUGCAGCGAGCUCGGAGCCCGUGGGGGCGGAGCGGUGACAGCAGCCGCCGGGACAAGUGCGGCGGCGGCGGCGGCGGCGGCGGCGGGCGGCAGCAGGCGCGAUCCACACCCCCGGCCGGCCGGGCCAGCGAGCGAGCGCCGAGCCCGACGUCCAUGGGGCGCCUCCUCCGCGCGGCCCCGACCCCCGCCUGCGGCGCGCGUCUGCCCUGACCUGGACUGAGGACUUCGGAGGAGGAUCGCGCGGCCGGGACAGGUGUUGCAGAGCACAAUGGCUGAACAACUCCUUCCCCAGGCUUUGUAUUUGAGCAACAUGCGGAAAGCUGUGAAGAUACGAGAGAGAACUCCAGAAGACAUAUUUAAGCCUACCAAUGGGAUCAUUCACCAUUUUAAAUCCAUGCACCGAUACACACUAGAAAUGUUCAGAACUUGCCAGUUUUGCCCACAAUUUCGGGAGAUCAUCCACAAAGCUCUCAUUGACAGAAACAUCCAGGCCUCCCUCGAAAGCCAGAAGAAGCUCAACUGGUGUCGAGAAGUCAGGAAGCUGGUGGCACUGAAAACGAAUGGUGAUGGCAACUGCCUGAUGCAUGCUGCUUCUCAGUAUAUGUGGGGUGUUCAGGACACAGACCUGGUCCUGAGGAAGGCACUCUUCAGCACUCUCAAGGAGACGGAUACACGCAACUUUAAAUUCCGCUGGCAGCUGGAGUCUCUUAAGUCUCAGGAAUUUGUGGAAACGGGGCUUUGCUACGACACUCGGAAUUGGACCGAUGAAUGGGACAGCCUCGUCAAAAUGGCAUCCACAGACACACCCAUGGCCCGAGGUGGACUUCAGUAUAACUCUCUGGAAGAAAUACACGUAUUUGUCCUUUGCAACAUCCUCAGAAGGCCAAUCAUUGUCAUUUCAGACAAAAUGCUGAGAAGUUUGGAAUCGGGUUCCAAUUUUGCUCCCUUGAAGGUGGGCGGGAUUUACCUGCCUCUCCACUGGCCAGCUCAGGAGUGCUACCGAUACCCCAUCAUUCUCGGCUACGACAGCCAGCACUUUGUACCCCUGGUGACCCUGAAGGACAGCGGACCUGAAAUCCGAGCUGUUCCACUAGUGAACAGAGAGCGAGGAAGAUUUGAAGACUUAAAAGUUCACUUUUUGACGGAUUCUGAAAACGAGAUGAAGGAAAAGCUCUUGAAAGAGUACUUGAUGGUGAUUGAAAUCCCUGUCCAAGGCUGGGACCAUGGCACCACCCAUUUGAUCAAUGCCGCAAAGCUAGAUGAAGCCAACUUACCCAAAGAAAUAAAUCUGGUAGAUGAUUACUUUGAACUUGUCCAGCACGAGUACAAGAAAUGGCAGGAGAACAACGAGCAGGAGCGGAGAGAGAUGCAUGCUCAGAAUCCUUUGGAACCUUCCAUUCCGCAGCUUUCUCUCAUGGACAUAAAAUGUGAAACCCCCAACUGUCCGUUCUUCAUGUCGGUGAACACGCAGCCGCUGUGCCACGAGUGCUCAGAGAGGCGGCAAAAGACCCAGAGCAAAUCCUCAAAGCUGCACUCCAAGCCAGGCCCCGAGGUGCUCCCUUGCAUGGCCCUCGGGGCCUCCCGGGGCGAGGCCUAUGAGCCCGUGGGCUGGAGUCCCGAGGAGCCAGCUGGGGGGCCUCAUUCGGCCCCUCCGACAGCACCCAGCCUCUUCCUGUUCAGCGAGACCACUGCUAUGAAGUGCAGGAGCCCCGGCUGCCCUUUCACGCUGAACGUGCAGCACAACGGACUUUGUGAGCGCUGCCACAACGCCCGGCAGCUGAACACGGGCCACCCCUCGGACAGCACGAGGCACUUGGACCCCGGUAAGUGCCGAGCCUGCCUGCAGGAUGUCACCAGGACGUUUAAUGGAAUCUGCAGUACUUGCUUCAAAAGGACUACAGCAGAGCCCUCCUCGGGCCUCAACUCCAGCGUUCCUCCUUCCUGUCACCAGCGGUCCAAGUCAGACCCCUCGCAGCUCAUCCAGAGUCUCUCCCCACAUUCUUGCCACAGAGCCGGGACCGAGGCUCCCUCCGGCUGCCUCUCUCAGGCCACGCGGACUCCAGGGGACAGGACGGGGACGAGCAAGUGCAGAAAAGCCGGCUGCAUGUAUUUUGGGACUCCAGAAAACAAAGGCUUCUGCACGCUGUGUUUCAUCGAGUACAGAGAAAACAAACAUUUUGUCACUGCCUCCGCGAAAGCCAGUCCCACGGCCCCCAGGUUCCAGAAUGCUGUCCCCUGCCUGGGCAGGGAAUGUGGCACCCUGGGAAGCACGGUGUUUGAAGGAUACUGUCAGAAGUGUUUCAUCGAAGCUCAGAGUCAGAGAUUUCACGAAGCAAAAAGGACCGAAGAGCAAUUGAGGUCGAGCCAGCGCAGAGACGCGCCUCGAAGCACGGCGAGCGCCUCCAGGCCCAAGUGUGCCCGGGCCUCCUGCAAGAACAUCCUGGCCUGCCGCAGCGAGGAGCUCUGCAUGGAGUGCCAGCACCUCGGGCAGCGAGUGGGCGCGGGGGCCCGCCGGGGUGAGCCGGCUCCCGAGGAGCCCCCCAAACAGCGCUGCCGGGCCCCCGCCUGCGAUCACUUCGGCAACGCCAAGUGUAGCGGCUACUGCAACGAGUGCUUCCAGUUCAAGCAGCUGUACGGCUGACGGAUGCGGCGGGCCGGCCCGGCCCCAGGGACCCUCGAGCCUUAGCCGGCAUGGUGCUAGCCCCGAAAUACUGCGAUGCCGCAGCGGGGAGCUGCGGGCGGCUUCGAGCAGCGGCGGAGCGAAGAGGAGCUCGCGGUCGCGGUCACGGUCGCCGCCAACCUGCCCAGGUGGCCUUGGAGCGAGAGCGAGGCCAGUGACUGGCCGCGGAUGGCGUCCGGUCCAGCCCGGGGCUCCUCCUCCUCGCCUCCCACGGAAGGCCAGGAACUUCAUGGACUUGGAAUGUGUGCCGGGACUGCUUCAUCAUCUCGGGAGAAAAGGGAGAAGACGCUGGGGUCAGGCGGGCUGGGAACCCCGGAGCCGUACCCCCGCCCAGCCCGACGCCGCCGGGCUCCGAGCCGUGGAGCUGACCCGCCGCGCCCACAGGCCGUCGGCCGCAAGUUCAGGAAGCUCAGGGAGAACGGACGGAAGGACGUAUUCAGAGUGUCAGGGGUGAAUGGUCUUUCCCUCCCCGCCUCGUCCGUUUCCCGUGGACACGGCAGCCACGGAGCCAUCCACAGACUGUGGUUCUGAGGCUGCUGAGACCGAAUCAGUUCACACUGAAAAGCAAACCAGCUGCUCUUUACAGUAUGCACCUUGGAAAAAAUCAGAAUAUUCUAGUAGGAAUAUGUGUGACGCUUUUGGGUAUCACUGUCUUCACUUCUAAAGAAGUUAGCCUGAACUGAGGUGUGCAUAAAAGUGUGUACAUUUAUAAUGUACCCUUAUAUUAUGUAUGAGGGUUUUUUUUUAUGUUGAAAUGCCGCCCUAGAGAUUUAAGUAGAAGACUGAAUAAUAACCUAUUUUCUGGUUGUUGUUGGGGCGCCAUCUGUAUACAGCUUGCAUGAAUUCAACCAGCUGCCUUGUUAAAGUGAGUUCCCUAUUGUGUCUAUGUAAUUCACUUUAUUUAUUUUAUUUCAAACUUCAAGGGUAUUUAAAUGAAGACGUUUCUUCUGCUCUGGGUAAAGCGCUUGCUGUAGUGUCUUCUUGAAAUAAUAUAUUCACAUUGAGUCCUCUUUCAGGCGAGUUCCUGAGUACCUUGGGGAUUUGGUCUCUUUGAUGUACUGUGGUUGUCUUCCCUAAGAAAGAAGGAAUUGCAUCAAAGAUGUAUUCAUUAAAAGCUCAGGCUUCUUAAUGAAACUUGGGUCAGAGCCUCUUGCUAGCCAGACGGGGAAAAAAAAAAACAAAACUGCUCUCCACGGUAGACAGACGCCUUGAAUAUCCUACCUCCUUAGAGAUAAGAUUGGGAAGGAAUGGGGAUGAGACUGGAGAAGGUCACCGGGACGAUGUGACCUUUAAUGACAGUUUUAUUUGCUGUGUUAACGCUGUGUCCUGGCAGUGACCUCACAACCAGUGGCAGCUUAGCGCUGGGACAGCAAAACCCUGUGACCAUGAGCAUAAGGAAACUUCUUUCUGUCCUCAGCCUGCAGUUUCUGUUUGCUUUGUGUUGCUGUCCUACCUGUUCUAGAAAAAAAGGGGGAAACACAUUGUCCCCAGAGGUAAAGGCUGCCAUUUUUUUUUUUUUUUUUUGGGUCUGGAACUUAUGACCUGAAAAUAUGAGCAAUCUGUAACUCUACACAGCCUUUACCUGUGUUAACCUGACAUGUUUGACACCUCGAGUGCCCUAAGUCUAUUUCCUGAACAUAAAUCUUCAUUUUUUUCUAAAGAUCUCAAAUAAACUUCAGUGUUCAUCCAGUAAUUCUAAAGUCAACAUUUUAAUAUUUUGUGUGUAUCAAUAUUUUCAUUCUUAAUGUGAAAAAAUGGAAUUAUUUAUACUUAUUAUAGAAAGCAUUUGAAAUUUGCACAUUUAGUUGUCCCUAAUAGAGAGCUGUUUACUCUGUUGGAUUCUCUCAAGUUUUCCUAAGUAUGUGUAACUUUUCACAAAAGUCAAUAUUAAAAAAUAAAUUAUUUAAG